AUGGACAAAGACAGUAGAGAUGACUUUACCUUUGCCAAGCUCUCAGACUUGAAUAUGCCUGUAACAUUGCGAAUAUCUCAACUAGAGGGCAUGCGCAAACCCAAGUCCUUUCGGGAGAUCCUGGACAACCCAGAGUUACGCUUUCAUGGAGUUCAACUUCCGACACUCUCGGAUCUAUAUGUUACUUGCCAACUGGUUGCCGACAACAAACCCCUCACGAUUCCCUUUCGGACAUCAUUCAAAGCCUUCAAGAGUAACUACAUAUGGAAUGAAUGGAUCACAUUCCCGGUUCGCUAUUGCGACCUCCCUCUAAACUCUCAAGUCACUUUCACCGUUUGGGACAUUGCUGGUCCGAGGACUGCAGCUCCUGUUGGGGGCUCUACCUUCCGCCUGUUUAGCAAGAAAUGGACCCUACGCCGUGGCAAACAUAGACUGUGGUUAUGGCAGGGAGUUGAAGCGGAUGGUUCUGUUGAGAGCUCGACACCCAGCAAGCUUGAUGUUCGAGAUGAGAUGGGAAGAUUAGAAAAGCUAGUUAAGAAGUACGAACGGGGCGAUCUUCCCAAGUCUGAUUGGCUUGAUAAACUUGCCUUCCGCAAGAUGGAGGACGUCCAUGCUGCAGAGACGGAAAAGUCUCAGAAUUUAUUCCUGUACAUCGACUUGCCAAGGUUCGACUUCCCGGUGGUCUUCACAGAGCCAGAAAUGUCAGCUCCUUCAUCGUCACUAACAGUGUCUCCCACGUCGAUGGUGCCUACUGCGGGCUCUAUAUCUUCCACAUUCAUCCACGAAGCACACCUGUGGGGUGUUGUUGAUCCCGAAGUGACCCGAGAGAACCCCGUAGAAGACAAGCAUCGGCGGUUGAUUCGAAGUCAUCGCAGCGGUCCGUACGACAGGGAACUGAAACCGAAUGCAAAAAUAAGAGAUGAACUCGGAAUCAUACUCAACUAUGCUCCGAGCCAACCGCUGACAUCCGAAGAAAAGGAUCUUAUUUGGAAAUUUCGUUUCUAUCUCGUAAGGGAUAAGCGAGGCCUUACCAAGUUCUUGAAGUCAGUGACUUGGAGAGAUUCAUCAGAAGUGAAGCAAGCAGUCGAAGAGCUACUUCCCCAAUGGACGGAGAUCGACACGGAUGAUGCCCUAGAACUCCUGGGACCAGGUACCGUAGACUCAAGGGUGCGCGCAUUUGCUGUAAAGCAGCUAAGUCGAGCAGACGACGAAGAAUUACUUCUGUAUCUACUGCAAUUAGUUCAAGCCCUCAAAUUUGAGAACGCCGCUAGCGAUCAACGGUCAUCUCGUUCUGCGACAAGUGCUAUUUCGUAUGAUGACAGCGGGCUAACGGACUUCUUGGUCCAGCGAGGCGUAAAGAACGCUGUAUUAGGCAACCGAUUGUAUUGGUACCUCAUGGUGGAAGUGGCUUUAGAAGACCAGGUCAUUGCCAAGUUGUAUGGUCGAGUCGUCUUCAAGUUCAUGAAUGAUAUUGUCAAGACGGAGGGAGGCUCUGAGCGGCGGGAAUCCAUGCGGCGGCAAGGUUUGCUGGUUGAAACCUUAGCCAAGCGAGCGACAGAACUACGGACCUCGAAGGAUCCUCGCCCAAAGAAAAUCGAGAAGUUGAGAGCUUUCAUAUCUGAUUCUAAACAUGGGCUAUCUUCCAUGCCACCAAUGCCGCUGCCCCUCGACGCACGCAAGGAAGUCACCGGCAUCAUAGCAGAGAAGUCUUCGGUGUUCAAGUCCAACCUAUACCCGAUGCUUCUCUGCUUCCAGUGCAGCGACGGCUCUGAGUUUCCCGUCAUUUUCAAGGUUGGCGACGAUAUGCGGCAAGACCAACUUGUAAUCCAACUCUUCACGCUCAUGGACAGGUUGUUGAGGAAGGAGAAUCUCGAUUUAAAACUGAGCCCGUACGAUGUUCUGGCUACUGGUCCUCUCCAAGGCAUGGUGCAGUAUAUCCCCAGCAAGACCAUUGCGGCCAUCGUUAGCGAACAUGGCACUCUUUUAAAUUAUCUCCGAGCAAAUUAUCCGGAUGAAGGCAGCGUUGGGACCUCGGGUGUAGAACCCUCAGUUAUCGAUACUUUUGUAAGGAGUUGUGCGGGGUAUUGCGUCGUCACGUACUUGUUGGGAGUAGGUGAUAGGCAUUUGGACAAUCUCCUACUGGCCCCGGAUGGUCACUUUUUCCAUGUUGAUUUUGGUUAUAUCCUUGGACGCGAUCCAAAGCCUUUUCCUCCGCCCGUCAAGGUCUGCAAAGAAAUGGUUGACGGGAUGGGAGGGGCCCAAUCACCUCAUUAUGCGCGGUUCAAGAACUUCUGUUUCACGGCGUUUUCCAUCCUUCGCAAAAGUGCGAAUCUUAUCCUAAAUUUGGUGGCGCUCAUGGUCGACGCCAACAUCCCCGACAUUAAGCACCGAGAUGUCCACGAACAGAUCCAGGAGAAAUUUAGGCUAGAUCUGACAGAAGAAGAAGCGAUCGAGCACUUCGAGGCUCUCCUUAAUGAGACUUCAUAUCUGACCGUAGUAUUAGAUCGGAUCCAUGAUCUAGCACAAUAUUGGAGAAGUUAG